AAGCCCUUAGUUUUGGAGAUGGCCGGGAUCCAGGGGUUUCCAUGGCGCUGAGUAAACAGGAGGAAACAGUGAGGGAAUCCCGUUAUUUUACUGCAUUGAAAGCCUAUAAACACGGAGCGCGGGGAAGGAAGUCGCGUUGCCUCUGGAGUAAGCGACCGCGGAGCGCCGGGAGCCCCGGGAGCCUGAGCAGGAGCCCGGAGCACGGCAGCGGGAGCACGGAGAGUCGGAGCCGGAGCACAAGAGUGGGAGCACGGGGAGCCAGAGCCCCGGAGCGGAGCCUAGGCGCUGCAGCGUCUGCGCCGCUCCGCCAGAUCGCAGCACACGGUCCCCAGCCUGCUGAGCCCCGGCGCCUCCAGAUGCAGCGCCCCGCAUUGCGCAGGCCGGGCCCCCGCCAGCCCCUCCGCACCAUGGGGUCUGCGGACCGAGAAGAACCGAUCGCACAUAAGGCCAUCAGCUCACCCUCGGGACUCGCAUACCCGGAUGAUGUCCUGGACUAUGGCCUCAAGCCAUGCGACCCCCUCGCCAGUCUCUCUGGCGAGCCCCCUGGCCGGUUCGGAGAGCCGGAUAGUAUAGGGUUCCAGAACUUUCUGAGCCCGGCCAAGCCAGCAGGGGCUUCGGGCCCGAGCCCUCGGAUCGAGAUCACUCCAUCCCACGAACUGAUGCAGGCAGGGGGGGCCCUUCGUGGGAGAAACGCCGGCCUGUCCCCCGAGCAGCCCGCCCCGGCCCCGGCCCCAGCCGGUGUGGCCGCCAGCCCGAGGUUCACACUGCCCGUGCCCGGCUACGAGGGCUACCGCGAGCCGCUUUGCUUGAGCCCCGCUAGCAGCGGCUCCUCUGCCAGCUUCAUUUCUGACACCUUCUCCCCCUACACCUCGCCCUGCGUCUCACCCAAUAACACAGCCGGGCCCGACGACCUGUGUCCCCAGUUUCAAAACAUCCCUGCUCAUUAUUCCCCCAGAACCUCUCCAAUAAUGUCACCUCGAACCGGCCUCGCCGAGGACAGCCGCCUGGGCCGACACUCGCCCGUGCCCCGUCCGGCAUCCCGCUCCUCCUCACCCGGUGCCAAGCGGAGGCAUUCGUGCGCGGAGGCCUUGGUUGCCCCUCUGCCCGCAGCCUCACCCCAGCGCUCCCGGAGCCCCUCACCACAGCCCUCGCCUCACGUGGCACCCCAGGACGACGGCAUCCCCGCUGGGUACCCCCCCACGGCCGGCUCUGCUGUUCUCAUGGAUGCCCUCAACACCCUGGCCACCGACUCGCCCUGCGGGAUCCCCUCCAAGAUAUGGAAGACCAGUCCUGACCCAACGCCCGUGCCCACCGCCCCGGCCAAGGCGGGCCUGGCCCGCCACAUCUACCCUACCACCGUGGAGUUCCUGGGGCCGUGUGAGCAGGAGGAGAGGCGGAAUUCGGCGCCAGAGUCCAUCCUGCUGGUACCACCCACCUGGCCCAAGCAGUUGGUGCCGGCCAUUCCCAUCUGCAGCAUCCCUGUGACUGCAUCCCUCCCACCACUCGAGUGGCCACUCUCCAAUCAGUCGGGCUCCUAUGAGCUGCGGAUUGAGGUCCAACCCAAGCCCCAUCACCGGGCCCACUAUGAGACGGAGGGCAGCCGUGGCGCUGUCAAAGCCCCAACAGGAGGACACCCUGUGGUGCAGCUCCACGGCUACAUGGAGAGCAAGCCCCUGGGGCUUCAGAUCUUCAUUGGGACAGCCGAUGAGAGGAUCCUGAAGCCGCACGCCUUCUACCAAGUACACAGGAUCACCGGAAAGACGGUUACCACCACUAGCUAUGAGAAGAUUGUGGGCAACACCAAGGUCCUGGAGAUCCCCCUGGAGCCCAAGAACAACAUGAGGGCCACCAUCGACUGUGCAGGCAUCCUGAAGCUCCGAAACGCUGACAUCGAGCUGCGGAAAGGCGAGACAGAUAUCGGCCGGAAGAACACGCGCGUGCGCCUGGUGUUCCGCGUGCACGUCCCAGAGCCCAGUGGGCGCAUCGUCUCCCUGCAGGCUGCGUCCAACCCCAUUGAGUGCUCUCAGCGCUCUGCCCACGAACUGCCCAUGGUGGAGAGACAAGACAUGGACAGCUGCCUGGUCUACGGGGGCCAGCAGAUGAUCCUCACUGGCCAGAACUUCACAGCUGAGUCCAAGGUUGUGUUCAUGGAGAAAACGACAGAUGGGCAGCAGAUUUGGGAGAUGGAAGCUACGGUGGAUAAAGACAAGAGCCAGCCUAACAUGCUUUUUGUUGAGAUCCCUGAGUACCGGAACAAGCACAUCCGCGUGCCCGUGAAAGUCAACUUCUAUGUCAUCAACGGAAAGAGGAAACGAAGUCAGCCGCAGCACUUUACCUACCACCCAGUCCCUGCCAUCAAGACAGAGCCCAGCGAUGAGUAUGAACCAUCUUUGAUCUGCAGCCCCGCCCAUGGAGGCCUGGGGAGCCAGCCUUAUUACCCACAGCACCCAAUGCUGGCUGAGUCCCCGUCCUGCCUUGUGGCUACCAUGGCCCCCUGCCAACAGUUCCGUUCCGGGCUCUCAUCCCCCGAUGCUCGCUACCAACAGCAGAGCCCCGCAGCCGCCCUCUACCAGAGGAGCAAGAGCUUGAGUCCAGGCCUGCUGGGCUACCAGCAGCCGUCCCUCCUGGCGGCACCCUUGGGUCUGGCUGAUGCCCACCGCUCUGUGCUGGUGCAUGCUGGUUCUCAGGGACAGGGGCAGGGCUCCACACUGCCACACACGUCCUCGGCCAGCCAGCAGGCCUCACCCGUGAUCCACUACUCCCCCACCAACCAGCAGCUUCGCGGUGGGGGUCCCCAGGGGUUCCAGCAUAUCAUGUACUGUGAGAACUUCGGCCCCGGCUCUGCCAGGCCUGGCCCGCCUCCCAUCAACCAAGGUCAGAGGCUGAGCCCAGGCUCCUACCCCACGGUCAUCCAACAACAGACUGUCCCGAGCCAAAGAGCUGCCAAAAACGGACCCCCGGUCAGCGACCAGAAGGAAGCUCUGCCCACUGGAGUGACCGUUAAACAGGAACAGAACCUGGACCAGACCUACCUGGAUGAUGAGCUGAUAGACACACACCUUAGCUGGAUACAAAACAUAUUAUGAGACCCAGUGACUGGUCUUUGAUCCGAGAAAUCAAAGUGAAAGUUAAUGAAAUCAUCAGGAAGGAGUUUUCAGGACCCCCUUCCCGAAAUCAGACCUAGAAGCAAACAUAACCGCGCGACGCCUUUGGACCGCUUCCGUCUCCUCCUGCCGUCUCUGACUGGAACACUGCGUGUGCGCACAGUGCAGGCAGUUGGUGUCAGAGCCUGGGAGCCUGCUGCCUCGCAAAGCGCAUCUUAGCCGAUGUCCACGGUGACUGGACACAAAAAGCGACUGCCUGCUGACCGAAGCCUCAUUCUCAACUCACCAGGAUGCCGAGCCCGAGAUGCCGGGCUGAGCUGGCCGGAGAACUGGAGGAACCAUGAUAGCCCACAGACACGGCUCCUAUCUCCCGGGAAGGGUCUUUAGACAGAGCAACCGAGAGAGCAUGGCCCCAGAGUCCAGCCUCUGGGCUCCACAUCCCAGGUCUCUGUAGAGCUGAACCCGGAUGUUCAUCUAUAGCCCCAGCUGGGCCAUAGCAAAGCUUCGUUUUGAAUUUUCUCUUUCCAAAGCCAAAACUCCCUUGCCCCGGAUGGGACUGCCUGUCCCAAAUUCUCAGCCUUAAGUUAUAACACAUGUACGUGUUUGCUAGCUUCUGGACCUUUGUCGUGUUUUCCUGUGCUUCAAAGAGCCAACCGAGGAGGCUGUGGGCCGAGAGCCCUCUCUUUGGCCAGCUACUCCCUAACCCUGCUGCCCUCACCAGCCCUCUGGUGGGAUCCAGCCCAGGCUGCCUGGUGGGAACACUGCUUCUGAAGGUUCCCUCCUCCACCUCAUCCACCCGGAAGUCGGAAGUUGGAAGUCGGUAGAACCUUCUGGAUCCUUGCAUUGACUGUUAAGGAGCUAAAACCACCAAAGCCAAUCAAAACAUACAGGUGUUUGUCAUGACCGCUGCCAAGCAGAACAAAGGGGCUGAGAUCUCCCUCUGCAGGAAAGCGCUGGCUUCACCCCAGUUGUUUUUUGUUUUUUUGUUUUUUUAACCUGAAUUCAUUUAAAGCCUCCAUAGACUUGAAAACGAUGCUGCAUGAGCUUGUAACUCAGGCGGAUCCACCCCAGCAUAUGCCUUAGUGUGAUCAAGCCCUGCUUGGCCAGCUCGUGUGUCCUGUGGGAUUCUCCACACACUCUGCCUGCUUCAGGCAGUCCUCUAGGGUCUUCCUCCUGGUGCAGUUUUCUUCUUCCAUCAGAGUGCCCCCAGUCGUGUGAGCAAGGCCGCUCUCUCCCCUUGCCUUCAUCCCAGAUGUCCCUGUUGGGCAUUUUUUUAAAGUGACUUUCUUGGCUCUGUCUGCUAGGCAGAGGACCCGAGAAGCAAGCCAGAGUGGCUAAAUACCCAUGGUUGGUUUCUUACAUCCUGGCUUUCAUGUCAAGGCCAUCUGAAAGUGAAUCUCUGGAGCUAUGACCGGCUCUCCAGACAGAGACCCCAGGCCCAGGGUUCCGCUUGAGCAUGAAAAGUCUCUCUCCCCUGGGCUUUCCCUCCAGCAACCCCAUGUAUAGACCUGAGCAGAAUUCUCUUGAACCCAGAAUGUCCGCAAGAAGUUGAGCACUAAGCCUCUGUGAUUCUAAGUACUUCCUGCUAUACAAGAAACUGGCCCUUGACGGACCGGAGCUUCUGAUUGGAGCAAUACCGGCUUCUCUGGGGAAGGGCGAUGAGGGUCUGGUGAGUGAUUAGUUCGCACUUGCCCUGGCUGACAGCCACAUUUUGCACAUGAGGGAAUCAGGCCCUUCCUCAGAUAUCUCCAAGUUUUACCCAAGUGCCUUCCUGUAAUUGUAGUCGUUGUAAUUGUAGCUCAGCUGCACUAUCCACGGGGCGACAAAGGGCCAACUCACUUCCAUUAGUCUUCAUGUCAGUGGAUGGGUUCCUGGUCCUCAGACUCCUAUACCUUCCUCUGUGUGUGUGUGUGCACGCGUGUGUAUGUGAGCAUGUGUGUGUGUGUAUGCACAUGUGUACAAUGCUCUUCCCCUUAUUACUGUUUUAGCUGGAUAGUCUCGGAAACUUGCUGAUAAACAAAUAUCCCAAAAUAGCCAAGGAGAGAAAGCAGUGUGUUACCAGGCAAACAGGCCAGAGAAGGUGCAUGAGCGCAGACAGCAGCUAUUGAGAAGGCUUGGAUCAGUUACAGACUCCAGGGGGAAACUUCGCCCCCACCCCCGGAGUGGUUGCUUAUCAACCGUUUCCGGGAUGGGAAAGGCCAGUCUGAUCUUAGCGAAUGAGAAAAGAUGCCUGAGCAGUGAAGAUGGGUGUACCGCACGUGGGUCCGAGGGGUGGAAGCGGAAGUGUGUCCUUGCUGAUGCCCGAGCAGUGAAAACAGGUGUACCACACGUGGGUCCGAGGGGUGGAAGCGGAAGUGUGUCCUUGCUGAAUCCGUGGUGACAUUAGAGUGGCACCCCAACAGUUCCGUAUUGCUAAACAUGGCACUUUCUCUUCAAAGUCCACAGAUUUUCCUGGCUGUACAUAGACGCUCUGCUGGGGAGUCUAUCUACCCAGAUUAGUGUGGUAUUAAAUUUUAUUUCCUUAUUUGUAUUUUGAUGCUUUUUAUCUGCCCUUAAAAUAUCUCACCCCUGUUGGGUUAGAACAUAUUUAUAAAUGGUCAGAUGUCUUUGUAAGGGUCUUUUUUUAAAAAAAGUCUGUAGCUUCAUUUUCUGUAAGAGAAAUGGUAUAUUCCUGAGUGUGUGUGUGUGUGUGUGUGUGUGCGUGUGCGUGUGCGUGUGUGUGUGUGUGUGUGUGUGUGUGUGUGUGUUUUCAUUCCAGAAAACAAAUCCAAAGACUUUUCCUCAGGUCCUGACAGGACCUCAGGAUGGGAGGGAAGGGACUUUGCAGGAGAGAACAUCUUUUCUAGCUUGAGAAAGACACCUACUCCUUCAGCCUCAAGCCAGGGUUGUCCCCGAGAGUUGUACAUGAAAGAUUUAGUUGGUGGUUUUGAUUUAAAGCCACAGAACUCUGUCUUUCCAUGGACAAGAUCCUACAGGCAGGCUGACAUUGACAGAGCCAACCACGUGGAGCCCUCGCAGGUGACCGAUGUGCUGCACCCAAAGAACAGCCACCUUUCCCCCCAGCACAUCGUAGCCACGGACGAAGUGAGCGGGUUCUUUGUUCACAUGCAGCAGCCUGGUCAUCCAUCAUGUGUCACCAUCAGUCAGGGCCAGCCAUCAGCCAGUGGCACCGUCACACAGGAAAGCCGGAAGCCAAUGUAUUUUAACUAGCACUCAGAACCUACAGGAGGCUGUGUUGGUUUAUCUCCUACCACAGUGCUCAGCAUUGACAGACCACUGGGGGGAGGGAGGGUUGCUUAACAACUGUGUUCAUUUGACGCUUCAGAAAAGACGCAGAGGUGGCCAGGCUAGGGCGAGUAUUCCUGAACUCUUUGCUGGCAGGGAAGCCUACAGGAACCUGACACAUCCUCACCACUGGCGUCUCCCAAGCUUGGGCGUCAACCUUCAUGGAUGCAAACCAGCCAGCUGCAGAGCGUGAGAUUUCCCUGCAGCCUGCCCAGCUGCUUACAUAAGGCAGCAUCACUUCACCUAUGACCAGCUUGCCCGUGCCUUUACAUACGGCCACCAUUGUUGUCUUAAUCCAGUUUGUUUACAGCUAACUCUAAAUGAUGGGCCAGGAGUGGUGCUUCCCUGAGCAGACCCCUCUGAGAUCACAGUGAAGCCCUGGGAACUGGGGUCCAAAGGGUUAAUGCCUUCUCUAUGCAGCCCUGGGACAGAUGGGAAUAAAUGUCCCUGCCUUGCCCUCUCAGGCUUUAGAUGGACUGGGUACAGACAGUGCUGUUGCUAUGUGAGUAGGAGCCCCAGCAUUCUGGUUGGCCAGAGCAUUGUGUGGGAGCAUCCCAGACACAGAGAAUCCCUGUCCCCCUGUCAUUUCUCAGCCCUCACAGGAGUCUCACAAUCCUCUGAUUCCAGGAGCUUGCUCAGCGGGGCCUGAAGGCCAGGGUUUGGGGAAGUCUCCACUGUCGGAAGAGUCGGAAUAUAUCACAUUCCUAUGCAAAACGAUUUUAAUCGCCAGUUUCGUGCAGUUUAUUUUUGCUAUAUGUAAAGUAUUUUUAUACGGCUUAUAUGAUGACAGCUUAGCAAUAAACAGUUGAGAGCAA